GCACCAAAUUCGAGAAAAUCGCUGAAACAAUGAGAAAAUUACGCAGAAGAAAACAAUAUCCAGCCUGACAACAACAAAAGAAAUCCCAAUCUAGGGUUUCUUAAUCCCCUCUCCCUCCUUCCUUUUCUUGUUUGUUUCCCUCCAAAUGCCAUUCCGGGGCCGGAUUUCACCUUUUGCUGCUCCAUUUCCGAGGUGGUGGUGAUCUGUGAAACACGUUUUGUCUUUCCUUUCCUUUAUAUAACUUGAUUUUUCCCGGGAAGAAUUCAACUCUGUUCGGCGGUUGCCUCGCCCUGUUUGAUUACACGGACCGCGGAAUAUUCUGGUCAUCGGCUGGUAGUUUGAAAGAGAAGGAAGGAGGGAACUUUCAUUGGAGGAACUGCUUUUAUUUUCGUUUUCAUUUUAUUUUAGGAUUUUGGUUGGUAUGGUAAAUAGUAUUGAUUGAUCUGUGGAUUGGUUGAAUUGGAUGAACCUUGGUUUAUGGAGUCGGAGGUGUUUUCAACUCCUAUAGAUUUCGUGAAAUGUUGCGACUGUGGAUGUAGUUGUUCUUUGAACAGCAGUUCCUCUGAUACCUGGCUUCGCUCGGUUAAACGGAAAUAUAAUGAGUUUGAGAGUGGAAACCGGUUCUAUGUGCCUGGAGUUGAUCUUUAUUUCAAUGCCAGAGUGCAAAUUGAGAAUGAGUGUAUUGCUCUGCGGGAGAUGGUCAGUCGUCAACAAGAAGCAAUACAGGAUCUACAAUCAGAAUUGGAGGAGGAGAGAAAUGCGUCAUCUUCAGCAGCAAAUGAGGCCAUGUCAAUGAUACUGAGGUUGCAGAGGGAGAAGGCUGAGAUCCAAAUGGAAUCACGACAAUUCAAGCGUUUUGCAGAGGAGAAAAUGUCUCAUGACCAACAGGAGAUUUUGGCGUUGGAGGACUUGUUGUACAAGAGAGAACAGACUAUUCAGUCACUUACGUGUGAAGUACAGGCUUAUAAGCAUAGAAUGAUGAGCUAUGGGCUCACAGAGGAAGAGGCUGAAGGUGGGAAGGGUGGGCAUAACCUGAGCAUGGAUGAAAACUUUGAUACCCAAUUCGAUCUCCCUGUAUUUCAUUAUCCCCCUCUGAGGUGCAAUACGAAUGAGAUCCCUGUGGAUGAUGAAGUAGAAAAUGUGGAUAAAUAUGCAUUUGAUGAGACCCCUCAUGCCUGUGAACGAUUGAGGAAUUUGGAGUACAGGAUCCACCAAAUGGAGAGGAAUACCAGUAGCAGUCAGCUUAAUCAGUUGGAUGGGGAUGUCUCUGGAACAAAGAAUGUCAUGGAAAAGGUGAUAGUUGGCCAUUCGCCUAGGUGGCCUAGACAUUUCAGGACGUUUUCAGUUGAUAAUUUAAAUUCACUCAUGGAGACGCCUAAAUCAGUCUCAGAUUUUGAUUCUUCAAGGAUGAACACUACCUCCAAAAGGAUGGAGAACGUGACAUCAGAAGUAGAGGUCAACUCUUGCACUAGAAAGAUAGAUCCUGUGUCAGAUUAUGGAGAUGAUGCGAGUGACAGGAUUUAUACAAUUGAUUCUGUGCAUAAUGGAGUGCCACAUAAUGGAAAUACAGAAACUAAAGCUGGAGUCGGGAUUACUGAUGAUUUUGUGACCACUCCAAGGGAGUCGUUGAAUCUGCCUGAAAUUGGUGAUCCAGACGUCAUGAAACUCUACAUGAGGCUUCAGGCACUCGAGGCUGACAGGGAAUCUAUGAGACAGACAAUAAUUUCAAUGGGGACUGACAAAGCUCAAUUGGUGUUAUUGAAAGAAAUAGCUCAGCAGCUUUGCAAAGAAAUGUCUCCGGAAAGACAGACACCUGUGAGGAAGCCAUCUCUUGUUGGAGUCUUUAAGUUCAUGUCAGUUUUCAAGUGGGUGACAUCAUUUGUUUUCUGGAGAAAGAGAGCUCACCGGAGGAAGUACUUGUAUGGGAUGUCACCCAACAAUGUUGGCUUGCUAAUGCUUCUAGACAAGGGCCCUCGAAUAAGGCAGUGGAGAUGUCUUUCUAGCACACAAGUUUGACAACAGGUCAUUGGCGUAAUGUCUCUCAAGGAUACAAUUGUAACUGUGAAUGGUGAAUAGUGAAUGGGGAUAUGGAGAAGCUACCACAUGUAAUUUUGCAUCCUCUUGUGGAUUCAUUAUUUCUGCAUAAGUGGGUGUUUUGUGCAGUGUUCUUUGAUUUCAUUUGGGAUUUGAAUAUAUUUUGCUGAUUGUGAUCAGCAAAACGUGGAUGCACAUGGUGCUCAUAAUAGUUUGUUGAGUGUCAGCUUGAGGUAUGUGGUUCUUGGUAGUCCUCCUCUCUGGUAUAUUGCGAGAUUUUGUAUGAUUUCUCUGAUGAAAUUUGCAGUGCUUAUUCUUUCCUUUUUGGUUGGUGAAGAGCGACAAUCAACCUUGUUUAUACAUAUCUCUCCAUUUUGCCUUAGCAACCAAGCAAAUGCGUCUGAAUUCACAUAUUCCGGUGUAUUUCAGUGUUGAAAGUAAUCGUGGAAAACGACGUGCUAUUGUUUUAUACAUUUCCGAACUGCUAAGAUGGCUCUGUUUUUGUUUUUUUAUAUAAAAAAAAAAGUUUCUU